AUGAAUUACUCUAGGUUCAUCACCACUGUGAGUGCGGCAAGGAAAGCAUCUCCAAUAAGACUGCUGAGUGAGUGUUUUCCUUUUGCUCUAGCUGAAUUGAUGCAGAAGUCUCCUCCAUCUCUCAUCUCUCUGGCUGGAGGGGCACCAAAUCCUAAUCUUUUUCCAUUUAAGAAGGCAACUGUUGACAUUGGACAUGGAACUCCCAUUGAGAUUGGGGAAGAUCUGAUGAAGAGAGCUCUCCAGUACUCAGCCUCAGCAGGGAUUCCAGAGCUGUUGUCUUGGUUAAAAGAUUUCCAGCAGAUGUUACAUGAUCCCCCCACAGCCAAUUACAGUCCUGAGCAAGGACAGAUGGAAGUGUGUGUCACAACUGGCAGCCAGGAAGGCUUGUGUAAAGUGUUUGAAAUGCUGAUUGAUCCUGGAGAUAACAUCCUUUUGGAUGCACCCACAUACUCGGGGACACUGGCAGCUCUGAAACCCUUGGGUUGUAAUAUAAUUAAUAUUCCUAGUGACCAACACGGCAUUAUUCCAAAAGCUUUAAAAGAAAUUCUGUCUGCUUGGAGCCCAGAGGAUGUAAAAAACUGCAGCAAUCAUCCCCCCAAAUUCCUGUACACUAUUCCAAAUGGAUGCAACCCAACUGGCAACUCGCUAACCACAGAGCGCAAAAAGGAGAUUUACCAGCUUGCAAGAAAAUAUGAUUUUCUCAUAAUAGAAGAUGAUCCUUACUACUUUCUUCAAUUUGAAAAGCCAUGGGCUCCAACUUUCCUCUCAAUGGAUGUGGAUGGCCGAGUUAUCAGGACUGACUCUUUCUCUAAAAUUCUCUCAUCUGGCUUAAGAAUAGGUUUUCUGACAGGUCCCAAGCCUCUCAUCGACAGAGUUGUUCUACACAUUCAGGUGUCAACAAUGCACACCAGCACUUUUACACAGAUUAUGAUAUCACAGCUGCUUCAGCAAUGGGGACAAAAGGGUUUCUUGGAGCAUAUAGACAGAGUGGUGGACUUCUACAGGAUCCAGCGGGAUGCAAUGCUCGCUGCUGCUGACAAGUGGUUAAAAGACUUGGCAGAAUGGUAUCCUCCUGCUGCUGGCAUGUUCUUAUGGAUCAAAAUCAAGGGUAUUUCUGAUACACAACAGCUGAUAAUGGAAAAAGCUUUGAAGAAAGAAGUAUUACUGGUUCCUGGAGGAGCAUUCAAUACAGAUAGUUCAGAGCCUAGCUCUUAUGUCAGAGCUUCCUUCUCUCUGUCUUCUCCUGCCCAAAUGGAUCUGGCCUUCAAGAGACUGGCUGACCUUAUAAAAGAAUCUUUGUGA